AACAAAAAAAAUUAUUUUAUUAGUAAAAAAAAAUUAUUUUAUAUUUGUUUGCCAAGCUGGUCACGAAUCUUCAAAGUCCAAUCCAAAUAAUUUCCCUUCCUUAUAAUUUCUUCUCUUUCUCAAUUUUCAUUAUUCGCUGCAUUCGGACCUUUUAAUCAGGGUUUUUCAUCGACUCUCAUCUCGUUUCGUUGUUGAAGAAUCGAUUAUCAAUCAUCAUGACUCGCGGUAACCAGAGAGAGAAAGAUCGUGAAAGGGCUCAAUCUAGAGUUGGUGGUUCUAAAGGAAAGCCAACAAAGACUGAUGGAUUGACCCCUGAACAGCGUAGGGAAAGGGAUGCAAAGGCACUGCAGGAGAAAACUGCUAAGAAAGCAGCUCAGGAUGCUGCAGGUGGAAGCAAAAAAUAGGCAAUGAUUUGAUUAUUAUUGUUAUUACUGAUUUUGAGGUUGAAGUGUUGUUGGUUUUAUAUAUUUAUGGAAAAUUGAAAGUAUCUGUAUUUUAUUUUGUGAUCAUCUUUUUUGGGUAGGACUUUACAAUCAAAUGUCUGCAUUAUUGUCAUGUGGGGUUACUCAACAAAUAAUUGGUAUUUCCUUUAAAAGGAUUGAUGUUGGAUGCUGAGUCAGGGAGUUGUAUUUUAUUUUUGUAUGGAAUGGAAUACUAGCAUGUGAUGAUAUUGUUGAUCUUUA